ACUGAGGCGCAAGGUGCCAUUGUAAGUGUUGGCAAUCGGCGUGGGACACCUGCUCUCUCAGUGCUCCGGUGCGGGGAUGAGCCCCGGUGGGUACCUGCGUGGUGCCGCGGAGAUACAGGUGACUCCGGAGAGCGCAGAUCGGUCCCGUCCUGUGUCAAGGUCUGUGUUGGUCGCGCUGUUCACCUUGGCAGUGGCGCAAGUUGUUUGCACUCUUGGGCUGUUCCUGUACUUUAAAGCGCAGGGGGACCUAAGCCGAAUGCCUGAACUCAAUUGCUGGAAAGCAAUUGCAAAGAAGAGAGAACAUGGACAUGCAAAAGAUUCUUCUACGCAAGAUGACUUCAUGUUAUGUGAAGGAAUAAAGCAGGCAUUCAACACAGCAGUUGAAAAGGAACUGCAAGAAUUUCUUUCUGGCAAACAGUUCCAAGUGGGAAAUGCUAGAACUGAGGCAUGGUAUGGGUCGAGGAACAACAGCUGGCCAGUUGCUCAUCUUACUGUUGGGAAUAUUACGCCUAGUAACAGUGAACAGUCAAAGGUGAACCUUACUUUCUGGAAUAUCAGAGAAGGUUGGGCAAAUCUGAGAAACCUAAAGUACCAUAACGGAAAGCUGGAAAUCUUACAAGAUGGCUAUUACUUUGUAUAUGCAAAUCUGUGCUUUAGACACCAUAUACAUAAAGGAAAAGAAUACCGAGACAAGGCUCUGCAGCUUAUGAUGUACAUCUGUAAAGCAAACAAGAACAGGAGGCCUUAUGAAACGCUAAUGAAGGGAGGGAAAACUGCCAUUUGGUCAAAUAAUUCAGUCUAUCACUUUUAUUCUGUAUAUAAAGGAGGGGUUUUUAAGUUACAUGCUGGUGAUCAGAUAUUCAUCCAAGCUUCCUAUUUAGAACUGUUGGACCCAGCACAAGAAGCUACAUAUUUUGGGGCUUUCAAAAUCCUUAGCCUGGACAUUUAAUUAUUUUCAAAUUCCUGAUGCAGGACUAAAGGGAUCUGAAUGAAACUGUGAUGUUCUCCUCUUAGUUCAUUUACUGAAAGAGUGACAGUCACAGACUGAUAAAAGUAUAAUAGUAUUAUUUGCCUUACUGAUUGUAAAGGUUUGCUAACACUGUUGUUUUAAUUUAUCCUCUCUGGUCAGAUGAGAAAAAUUCAAAUAGUUUUAUUCAAUUUUUUUAUUGGUUGUUUUAUUUAAUUAACAAAAGAAUUACAUUUGAAGCAUGUACAGCUAUUCAAUUUAUUUAAUUUCAUACGUCUUCCAUGUACAGUUAUGGGACCUGUAAUCCAGAAUGCUGAUCAGGGGUUUUCUGGAUAAGGGAUCUUUCCGUAUUUGGAUCUCCAUACCUUAAGUCUACUAAAAAUAAUUUUAAUAUUAAUUAAACCCAACAGUUUUGUUUUGCCACCAAUAAGGAAUAAUUAUAUCUCAGGUGGAAUCAAGAACAAGGUAAUGUUUUAUUAUUACAGAGAAAAAGGAAAUCAUUUUUUUAAAAAGUCAUUAUUUUGAUUAUUUACAAUGGAGUCUAUGGGAGAUGGCCUUCCCGUAAUUCAGAGCUUCCUUGAUGAUGUUUUUCCUGAUAACGGAUCCCAUAUCUGUCUAUAUGAGAAGAAAUUGUUUAAUCAAAUUGGAUCUUAUUCAAACUAGUGCAAAUUUGCACCAGUUAGCCAUAGCAACCAUUGAAAUAUUUGUUUUCAUUUUAAGCUUAAAAUGUUUAAAAAUAUAGGCUUUAAAACGGCUAGUAUAAGUGCCUUGAAGAAUUGUGGUUUUGCCACAACUAUUUUAUUUAACAGCUUUAUUUAUGUAAUGUUAUGCGUUCUUUGUGCAGCUUCAAAUUCAGGUUGGUCCUAAGAUAUAUGAUGCCUUUAUGCAAUAUGUCUCCCUCUUAGGGCAAUAUGUAUUUAAGUGGAAGCACAGUAUUUGUAAUUCAAAAUGACUGCACCAUGUUAUAAAUUCAAAGCUAAGUAUAGAAUCUAUGGAUUUUUUUCUUUUCUUCUUUUUAUUAUAUGAAGCAAUCAUUCUGCCCCACACUCUAUUUUUCAUUCAUAACAUACCCUGUGUGAUCUGUGAGAGUGGUUGCUCCAUGAAAAAAAGAAACUUCCAUAGUAGAAUUGUUCAUAUAGGAAAUAGGAAUUUCCACCCAAAGUACUCAGUCUGUGCUUCUAUACAUAUUGAAUUUAUGGAGUCAUUCUAAUCGUAAAUUCACUUACAUCUAGUGGCAUAAGGGUCAGUCACUUAGGAGUCAACUGAAAGCUUCCUUAAAUUCACUUAUAUUUUCUACAUUCUGUGCCGAGAACCCUGUUAGAUAAUACAGAAUGGUACUACUCUUUAUAUUUUCUAUAUAAAGCUUUAUUUAUUCAUGCUGGCAUGAAUUUCCUAUCUAAAUGGCUGUCCUUUAAGGGCACCCUGCCUCAGUUGUUUUUUAACCUGC